GCGCCCAGCCAAGGCGGCAGCGGCGGCCGCGCGAGCAUCGGCGGCGGUGGCAGAGGCAGCGGGAGCAGCUGCGCCGCCAGCGUGGAGCGGGAGGCGUGGAGGUGUGGAGAAGAAGGGAGCGGGCGUCGGACCGGAACGGAUGUGUGCGUCUCAGGAUUGAGAGGAAGAAACAAGUCAUGGGCCAGCGGUCAAGAUACUUCUCUGGGAAUUGCUGCUGCUGAUACUACUUUACAGUCAUACAAUGAGUGUUUGGUUUAAGGAAGAUUUUCAUAUUUAAAAGAUUUUCAUCUUGGAAGUAUAUCAAGUGAAAAUUUCAUUCUUCUGGGAAACAUUUUCCUCCUAACAAAUUAUCCUUGUAAUGGGCGACAUGGCAAACAACUCAGUUGCAUAUAGCGGUGUGAAAAACUCUUUGAAAGAAGCUAAUCAUGAUGGAGACUUUGGAAUUACGCUCCAAGAGCUGCGGGCUCUUAUGGAGCUCAGGUCCACAGAUGCUUUACGAAAAAUACAGGAAAGCCAUGGAGAUGUCUAUGGAAUUUGCACCAAGUUGAAAACAUCUCCCACUGAAGGUUUGAGUGGAAACCCUGCAGAUUUAGAAGGGAGAGAAGCAGUGUUUGGGAAGAACUUUAUACCUCCUAAGAAGCCAAAAACCUUUCUUCAAUUAGUAUGGGAAGCAUUACAAGACGUCACUUUAAUUAUACUAGAAAUUGCAGCCAUAGUCUCAUUGGGCCUCUCUUUUUAUCAACCUCCAGAGGGGGAUAACGCAGUUUGUGGAGAUGUUUCUGUUGGGGAAGAAGAAGGCGAAGGAGAAACAGGGUGGAUUGAAGGAGCUGCAAUCCUCCUGUCGGUGGUGUGUGUGGUGUUGGUGACGGCUUUCAAUGACUGGAGUAAGGAGAAACAAUUCCGAGGUUUGCAGAGUCGAAUUGAACAGGAACAGAAGUUCACCGUCAUCAGGGGUGGGCAGGUCAUCCAGAUACCCGUAGCUGACAUUACUGUUGGAGACAUUGCCCAAGUGAAAUACGGUGAUCUUCUUCCGGCCGAUGGCAUUCUGAUUCAAGGCAAUGACCUUAAAAUUGAUGAGAGUUCAUUGACGGGCGAAUCUGACCACGUUAAGAAGUCUCUAGAUAAGGAUCCCUUACUUCUCUCGGGUACUCAUGUAAUGGAAGGUUCUGGAAGAAUGGUAGUUACGGCUGUAGGUGUGAAUUCUCAAACUGGAAUUAUUUUUACCUUACUUGGAGCUGGAGGUGAAGAAGAAGAAAAGAAAGAUGAGAAGAAAAAAGAAAAGAAAAAUAAGAAACAAGAUGGAGCUAUUGAGAAUCGCAACAAAGCAAAAGCCCAGGAUGGUGCGGCCAUGGAAAUGCAGCCUUUAAAGAGUGAAGAAGGAGGAGAUGGUGAUGACAAAGACAAAAAGAAAGCAAAUUUGCCAAAAAAAGAAAAGUCCGUUUUACAAGGGAAACUCACGAAACUGGCUGUUCAGAUUGGCAAAGCAGGUCUACUGAUGUCUGCCAUCACAGUUAUCAUCCUAGUAUUAUAUUUUGUGAUUGACACCUUCUGGGUCCAGAAGAGACCGUGGCUUGCUGAAUGCACACCCAUCUACAUACAGUACUUUGUGAAGUUCUUCAUUAUUGGAGUUACGGUUCUAGUGGUUGCAGUUCCGGAAGGGCUGCCCUUGGCUGUCACCAUCUCACUGGCAUAUUCCGUCAAGAAAAUGAUGAAGGAUAAUAACCUCGUGAGGCAUCUGGACGCUUGUGAAACCAUGGGGAAUGCCACAGCUAUUUGUUCAGAUAAAACGGGAACAUUGACAAUGAACAGAAUGACAGUGGUUCAAGCUUACAUAAACGAAACGCAUUAUAAAAAGGUUCCCGAACCAGAAGCUAUCCCACCAAAUAUUUUGUCCUAUCUAGUAACAGGGAUUUCUGUGAACUGUGCUUACACGUCAAAAAUAUUGCCACCAGAGAAAGAGGGUGGAUUACCUCGUCAUGUGGGUAAUAAAACAGAAUGUGCCUUGUUGGGACUUCUCUUGGAUUUAAAGCGGGAUUAUCAAGACGUUAGAAAUGAAAUACCAGAAGAAGCAUUGUACAAAGUCUAUACCUUCAAUUCUGUUAGGAAAUCCAUGAGUACAGUCCUAAAAAAUUCAGAUGGAAGUUACCGGAUCUUCAGCAAGGGUGCAUCUGAGAUAAUGCUGAAAAAGUGUUUCAAAAUCUUAAAUGCUAAUGGUGAGGCAAAAGUAUUCAGACCCAGAGACCGCGAUGACAUUGUGAAAACCGUGAUUGAGCCGAUGGCAUCAGAAGGCCUAAGAACCAUAUGCCUGGCAUUCAGAGAUUUCCCAGCGGGAGAACCAGAACCGGAGUGGGAUAACGAGAAUGAUGUCGUCACUGGCCUUACUUGCAUUGCUGUUGUGGGCAUUGAAGAUCCCGUGAGGCCUGAGGUACCUGAGGCAAUAAAGAAAUGUCAGAGGGCUGGAAUUACUGUGCGCAUGGUCACUGGCGAUAAUAUUAAUACAGCUCGGGCUAUUGCUACCAAAUGUGGUAUUUUACACCCAGGGGAAGAUUUUCUCUGCUUAGAAGGUAAAGAUUUUAACCGAAGAAUACGAAAUGAAAAAGGAGAGAUUGAACAAGAGAGGAUAGACAAGAUUUGGCCAAAGCUUCGAGUACUUGCAAGAUCAUCUCCCACUGACAAACAUACACUGGUUAAAGGUAUAAUUGACAGCACUGUCUCAGAGCAACGCCAAGUUGUGGCUGUCACUGGCGAUGGAACUAAUGAUGGCCCCGCACUAAAGAAAGCAGAUGUUGGAUUUGCAAUGGGCAUUGCUGGAACCGAUGUGGCUAAAGAAGCGUCUGACAUUAUCCUCACAGAUGACAACUUUACGAGCAUUGUCAAAGCAGUUAUGUGGGGACGAAAUGUCUACGACAGCAUCUCAAAAUUCCUGCAGUUCCAGCUUACUGUUAAUGUAGUAGCUGUGAUUGUUGCUUUCACGGGCGCCUGUAUUACUCAAGACUCGCCACUUAAGGCGGUGCAGAUGCUGUGGGUAAACCUCAUCAUGGACACGCUGGCCUCCCUGGCCCUGGCCACGGAACCACCCACCGAGUCGCUGCUGCUACGGAAGCCUUACGGCAGAAAUAAGCCUCUCAUCUCACGCACGAUGAUGAAGAAUAUCUUGGGCCAUGCGUUCUACCAGCUCGUCGUGGUUUUCACGCUCCUAUUUGCUGGAGAGAAGUUUUUUGAUAUCGACAGUGGAAGGAACGCCCCUCUGCAUGCUCCCCCCUCGGAACAUUACACGAUCGUGUUCAAUACCUUUGUGCUGAUGCAGCUUUUCAACGAAAUAAAUGCCCGAAAAAUUCAUGGUGAGAGGAAUGUGUUUGAAGGAAUCUUUAAUAACGCCAUCUUCUGCACAAUCGUCUUAGGCACAUUUGUUAUACAGAUAAUAAUUGUACAGUUUGGUGGGAAGCCUUUCAGCUGCUCGGAACUGUCAAUAGAACAGUGGCUAUGGUCAAUAUUCCUGGGAAUGGGGACCUUACUCUGGGGCCAGCUUAUUUCAACAAUUCCAACUAGCCGCUUAAAAUUCCUAAAAGAAGCUGGUCACGGAACACAGAAGGAAGAGAUACCUGAGGAGGAGUUAGCAGAGGACGUUGAAGAGAUUGACCAUGCUGAAAGGGAGCUGCGGCGUGGCCAGAUCUUGUGGUUUAGAGGCCUGAACAGAAUUCAGACGCAGAUGGAUGUAGUGAAUGCUUUCCAGAGUGGAAGUUCCAUUCAGGGGGCUCUAAGGCGACAACCCUCCAUCGCCAGCCAGCACCAUGAUAUUCGAGUGGUGAAUGCAUUUCGUAGUUCCUUAUAUGAAGGGUUAGAAAAGCCAGAAUCAAGAAGUUCAAUCCACAACUUUAUGACACACCCUGAGUUUAGGAUAGAAGAUUCAGAGCCUCACAUCCCCCUUAUUGAUGACACUGAUGCUGAAGAUGAUGCUCCUACAAAACGCAACUCCAGCCCUCCACCCUCUCCAAACAAAAAUAACAAUGCUGUUGACAGCGGGAUUCACCUUACAAUAGAAAUGAACAAGUCUGCUACCUCUUCAUCCCCAGGAAGCCCACUACAUAGUUUGGAAACAUCACUCUGAUUGUAAGCUGAAUGUUAACACACUAGCUGCAUUGUAAAGAAACAAAUCAUCGAAACUGAGUCUUUUCACAUAUUGUGAUGGGCAAGAUAGUAUUCUUGUCUUUGGACUUCAACAGAAGACGCACUUGUACGAAUGUAGAUUUAUUUUUUUAAAAAACAAACAAACAAACAAGCAAAGCUUUCUGCCAGACUGAGGGUGCUUUUUGGGGUGUGGGAGAAAUGAACUGACGGAUAAACAACGGUAACUCGGCGUAAGUGACCUGUGGAUCAUCAGUGGUACCUAAAGUGGUCCUGACCUGUACUAACGGAGCUGUGGUUUAUCUCAGUCCUUGGUGGGAGAGAGGGAGGAGUGACGCUGGGCAAGACAGAGAGCCCUGGAUCAUUGAAUGAAUACUUUAAUUUCUGCUGUUGGCUGUUAAUAAUUUGGAUUAUUUAUGUUUAUAAAUGAUACAGAUCUGUUUACAAGGUUUGUAGAUACUUUUUUUUGUUCUUCAUAGAUGGGAAGCUUCCUUAUAACUAAUGCAGAGAAAAAUUAGUCCUACAAAUACUGCUGUAUUUUCAGGAAAAAAAAAGGGGGUGUUUCUAUUGAAACUGUACUAAAUUUUUGCCUACAAUUUAUCUUGUUAAAUAUUGUAGAUAAAUUGCUAAUACUAAUAGCCAAAUAGAUAACACUAAUGCUUUGUUUAAAAAACGAAAAAACAAAAAAAGAAAACAAAACAAGACAAACAAACAAAAAAAAAAAAACAUGAGCAGUGGUGUUUUAAUGAAGUUAUGGCAUCUGUCCUAAUUAGUUUCUUAAAUACAUUUACUACUUAAUGGUUUUGAAAGAACUGUUUAAUUUUUAAAUUUUUUGAAAACUUGCUAAUAACCUUUGUUCAGAAUUUAGUAGACUGUUUAUUGCGGGACAUCAAAUACACAAUGAAAGAUGCUUGAAAUGCCUUUGUUAUUUCAGGCGAAUCAAAUUAAACUAUCAAACUACAAGAGAAC